AUGGGAUACACUAUCAAGGCCAUCGCUUCCACUGAGAACCCCGAGGAAUAUGUUGAAACUACCUAUGAAGCUCCUUCUCUCGGAGAGGCCGAUGUCUACAUCAAGAUGAAGGCCUGUGGUGUAUGCCACACUGAUUAUAUCUUCCAGAGCAUGGUUCCUCCCGGAACUGUCCUUGGUCACGAACCCAUCGGUGUUAUUGAAGAGCUCGGCUCCAAGGUUACCAAAUUCGAGAAGGGCGAUCUUGUUGGAUUCUCUUUCCUCAAGAACUGCUGUCUCGACUGCCCCGAGUGCAAUUCUGGUGAUGACUACUUGUGCCGUAAGCGUGUGAUGUUCCCUGAGGGUGGAAACAACGGCUUUGCUGAAGCUGCUGUUGUUAACUCUCGAUUUGUUUACAAGAUCCCUAAGGGUCUCGAGGCAAAGGAUGCCGCACCCUUGAUGUGCGCUGGUGUCACUGUUUUCUCGGCCCUGAUCCAAUCUGGCGUAACCCCUACCGGUCGUAUCGGUGUGGUAGGCAUUGGUGGUCUCGGCCACCUUGCUCUCCAAUUCUCUCGUGCAUGGGGCUGCCAUGUAACUGCCAUUUCCACCAGUCCUUCCAAGAAGGAAGAGGCUCUUGGUUUCGGUGCCCAUGACUACAUUAGCUCUAGAGACUUUGGAGAGGACUUUGUUAUCGCUGACGAGGACAAGUACGAUGUUAUUCUUAACACCGUCAGCGCCAAACUUAACUGGGAUGAGUACCUCACCCUCCUUAAGCCUGCUGGAAAAUUCAUGAUGAUCGGUAUUCCCGAUGGAUCUAUCGAGGUCAAGGAUGUUGUUGGUAUGAUUAUGGAUCGUCGUGCCGUAGUCGGUACCAUCCUCGGUGGUCGCUCCAUGGUCACCUCAAUGCUCGAGUUUGCCACUAGACAUAACAUCAAGCCUGCUGUUGAAGAAUAUCCCUUUACCGCCACUGGACUUGCUGAUGCCAUUAUUAGCUGCCACACUAACAAGGCCAGAUACAGAGGUGUCCUUGUUGCUGAGGACCAAUAG